UACCAAGCAAGAGCGGAGGCGGCAGCCCUCGGGUGGAUACGAUCUAGCCUCCGAGUCUGCCGCAGGGCUCCGCAGAAGGGCACGACGACGGAUACAUAGGCGCACACAAGAGGCAAGACCGGACAAGGCGUCCGCCGGUGCCCGUCGGCUAGCAAGGAAUCCUGGGCAAUGCCGGGACCGCCGCUGCCAUUGUUCGAGCUGGAGGCAGAGGGAGCGACACGCACCCCCCGCCGCAGCUGAUCCCUCGGCUUGUUACCAGAAUCCUGAUGGCUCUUUUGAAAAAGUGUACAGGGUUGUUCCUAACCCAAAUAAGCAGAGCAACCAAUCAGCGGAAUUUCAGCACCAGUGGCAUGUGCAGUGCGAUACAGAAGAUGACCCGGGUACGAGUGGUUGAUAACAGCACAUUGGGAAACACACCGUAUCACCGGCCACCAAAGUGCAUUCAUGUGUACAACAAAAAUGGAGUGGGCAAAGUGGGAGAUAAAAUCCUUCUGGCUAUCAAAGGGGAAAAGAAGAAGGCCUUAAUUGUUGGUCACCGGAUGCCUGGCCCUCGCAUGACUCCCCGGUUUGAUUCCAACAAUGUGGUACUCAUUGAAGAUAACGGGAACCCAGUAGGGACAAGAAUUAAAGUCCCAAUACCCUCUUUGCUGAGGAAGCGUCAAGGAGAAUUCUCCAAAGUAUUGGCCAUUGCCCAUACAUUUGUAUGAAAAGUUCUUUGAACAUCCUAGCACACAGUACUUCCUUUCCACUCCUAGAUCUGAGGAAGAAGGAUUAAAAAUGAAUGGUUGUCUUUCAUUCUGCUUAUGAAGUA